AUGGUGGCAAAACAAGCCAAGGCAAGCCCACCAUGGGCAAUACCUCCCGACGAGAGACCUGGCGAAUCACGUCUACGUUGGCCCUCAUCUGUUCUGUACAAAUCUCAGUCGUCCACUGACCCGCAAAACCCGAGCGAAACCACGAUCGGUAGCCAAAACAUCAUCAAGAACGAACCGAAAAUUGUUUCGUCUACCAGGAACGCGCCCAUCAUGACGACGGAUCCCGUCUACAAAAGACAGCUCAGCGAUACCGAGUUCCGAAUCUUGAGCAUAUCUCCAGCCACGGAUGGGAGCUAUCCUAUUCAUGCUGUACUUGGAAACUACAAGAUUGAUGAUUGCCCCGAAUAUGAAACUGUUUCUUAUUGUUGGGGUGGCGAAGUCGGGGACUCAGAGCGUUAUUGCCCUGUAUAUCUUGGUGAUUACUGGGAUGUUCUUCUACAGACCAAGAAUUGUUGGUCAAUGCUUCAGUACGCCCGCCCUCAAUCAUAUCCCCGACUUAUCUGGGUUGAUGCUAUUUGCAUCAACCAAGAAGAUCACCUCGAAAAAGAGUGCCAAGUACCAAUGAUGGGAAAGAUAUACUUGAGAUGCUUGAGAGUCAUCGUGUACCUGGGAGACCAAGUUGUUAAACCGAAAGAGACCAUCUUGCGGAGGUCGUACCCAGCGCGACGUGACUUCUCUGAAUUUGACGAUGUGAUACCGGGAUCCCUGAUCGAUUCAAGUCAACUCCUCAAACUCAAAUACUUCCAGCGCCUUUGGGUUAUUCAGGAACUGACACUAGCCCCUGCUGCCCUAAUUCCCGCUCAUGGCUAUGAGUUCAGAGUUGGACCCUUAUCACAAUUAGAUUCCAGGUUACCGCACUCAGGCGAUCACGAAGUUUCGUGGAUGGGGGAAAUCUGUACCGGAUACAAGUCUAGAAGCUUGUUAAUGCUACUGCAACGCACAUGGGCUUCUCAGGCAACAGACCCCCGUGACAAGAUCUAUGGUCUACUCGGCCUCGGCUACCACGUUGAAGGGUUCAGACCAGACUAUUCUAUCUCAUUACUUCACACAUACGUCGGAACAAUCCUUCAUCUUCUCCUUGCUGAGGAAUUCAUUGAAAUUCUCACAGGAGCUACUGAUCAACCUGCGGAGUCAAAACUCCCAUCGUGGCUUCCAAAUUGGAAUCUUUUCGACAUAGGGAAACGACUCUUGUCGAUUUCACAAGCCACUCCAGAGGCACCUCCAGACGGUUUUAGCCGCAGGAAAAGAUUCAUCGAAGACAAGAUUGCCACACUUGACCGCGGUUGUGAAACCCUGGUUGAUAUGAGCAAUGAUAAAUUUUCAGGCAAAACUGGAUUGACAGCAUCAGAGUUGUGGGCCAUCGAAAAGCCAUAUGUUGACCCAUUGACUCUUGAACUGACCCUGUCAAUGGUUCAUGUUUGCAAAUUUACGUCCCGGCUGACCCAAAUCUACCGGUUCGAUUAUCACAAGCCUAUGCGCGUGUUUAAAAUCGAGGUAGCCAACUGCAGGUUGUAUAUAUGUACUUCGGAUAUCCCGCUUGAUCUGCUUGUUGAAUCUGGGAGUAACGAACUGUUUCUUCUUAAGAAGUCACAUGAUGUCACUUUAGCUCUCUUUCUGAGACGUCUAGCAGGAGAUGGAAGAUACCGCCUGCUGCAAUGUAAUUUUUGCUUCGACCUAUUCCUGUCAGGAAACCCAUCUCGUGAACCUGGCUUCAAUAGAUUGCCAAGUAAUCGAGAUGUGACUUUGAAUGCAGUAGAAGGCCAACAACUUUCACUACUCGACGGAACAGUCUCGAAAGCCCUGGCCGAAAGCGCUAAGGACGUUGAGAGAUGUUUCAAGGAGAGCCGGGACAUCUUGAAAAGAACCCCAUCCCCUGACCUGAGUGGAGUUACUUCCGCGAUCUUUGAAACAUUUUACCAACUGGUUUCAGAUGCUGGAACAUCAUUCCUUCACUCUUAUAUCGCCUUUUUAUUACAGUGCUGGCCAGGUUGUUCUGCAAGGGUUGAGCAGAAUAUUGCCUACAUGGAGCUCGAGCCGAACGAUUGGGCAAUAGCCAAUGACGCUCUGUUUGGUCCAAAUAGGUUUGUCGAUUUCGAAGUCUAUGUGCCCUCAGAAACAAAAUUUCCGGACUCGGGGACGUGGCACAAAGCUCAGCUGUUGGAUCAAACCGACAUUAAGCAGCUGAUUAAGUCACCUAUCAGAAGAACAUUCGACAUUCAGCCCCUGAGUCUUGUUUCAAGCCAUCAGACGUUCAUGAAAACCGAUGCCAUGCAUACUAUGAGCCUGAGAGUGAAAGCGGAACAACUACGGACGUGUCUCGAGUCGAGUUUUUACUAUAUUGAAGCAGUCAAAAAGUGGUAUUGCGAUAGAAUUUUGAUAAACGGGGAAUCAGUAUUGAGAUCAGAAGCAUCUUGGAACACACCUGACGCUUUCUGCUACUACCCAUGGCCAGAAUCGUUGUACGAGGACGGUCAAAAUCCUGGGAGGGUUUGCCAAGUAACUAUUGUUUAG